GAUUUCUUAUUAUCAGUAUUUGCUAUAGACUGGACGCAGUAAUAAUUUGUUAAAAUGAAAGAAUUAGUACCAGUAAUAAUAUUGUUAUCAACAGUACUUGUAUACAGUGCUAAUAUUGGAGUUCGUGAUUAUCACAGAGAAAUUGGAAUACCUCUAGCAACAAAAUUAAAGCAGUUAGAAGAGGCUGCUAUAGCUAAAGAAGAAAGAAUUGCAGGAGGGUCAAUAACUGACAUAUCGGAAAUUCCUUAUCAGGCAGGUAUAGUGAUAGAUGUACCUUCAGUCUUUCUCUCGUGCUGCGGGGGUGCUCUCAUCUCAUCAACAAGAGUGCUUACUGCAGCCAGCUGUCAGUUCGAUGAUGCGAUUUACACCGUGGCUUUGGGGUCAAACUACGUAUUUUUCGGAGGUCUCAGAGUAAACGCCACAAACUUCAUUCCUCAUCAUGGAUACACGGCUGGGGACCCUAGCUAUAUCAAUGAUAUCGCUAUGCUUCAUAUACCGACUGUUUCAUUCACAAAUGUAAUACAACCCAUUGCUCUACCAAGCAAUGACGAAGUUUCUAAUAACUUUGCUGGACAGAUGGCAUUAACUUCAGGCUAUGGCAUCACACCAGAAUCUCCAGCUUUAGAUUGGAAUCAAAUCCUGAGAGCAGUUGACGUCCAAGUAAUAACGCCUGCUGAAUGCGGAAUCUUAUUUGGAACCACUGGUUCACGAGAUGAGAGUAUUUGCACAAGUGGAUCAGGAGGGGUCGGGAUAUGCGCCAGUGACUCUGGUGGACCUCUGACGACCAUCAGUAAUGAUAGGAGAAUACUGAUCGGAUUGACAUCAUUCGGCGCAGGUUGCGGGUUAAGUUUCCCUAGUGGUUAUGUGAGGAUAACACAAUAUCUCUCUUGGAUAUCGAGUACUUGAAAUGUAAUUUGUGCUAUAUAAUGAAUUCCAGCUUUAUGAUUCGGUAUAUCUGUGAGGCGAUACUCGUAUUAAGUUAAGUAGGCAAAAUUUAAAUAAAAUAUAUUUUGAGAAGAGAAACCAGUCACUAGACUUAUAUGAUCGAAAUAGGAAAUACUAAUAAAUAUUAAUGUGUCACAUUUAGCUUUAUUACUUUAAAUUAAUCUAAUUUGUUGUAUGUUUUUUUUCUACAUUUAUGCGUACUUUUCUAAAAUUCUUAUAUUUCUUCUUUUGAUAACGAUGACACAACUGCAAUCAAAAAAAUUAUGUUACAACAUGUUAUGUACCCAUAUACACAUUAUGAG